CCAACUAUUAACAAUUUUAGGUUAACAAUUGAUUCAGACAAUAACAAAUUCUAAAUGAACUUUGUCAACCUUUGUCAUCUGCAUUUUGUCUAACGAAAUAUUAGUAUGCAGUAUGGGGUCAGUGUUAUGGAUACCAACUGUCCUGGGACUAUUUACAGCUUAUUUAUACAUUCUGUCAACAAAUGUUCCUGAACUAAAGGGGGUAAAAGAUGAAAAUGCCAGAUUAAAUUUUCCGUCCAAUUUAGAAGAGUUGACAUCAUUAGCAUCCACACUUCAGCUGUAUAAAACAGAACAUUUACUGUACGUUCUGCUAUUGUUCUGUAGUGCCUACAUAUAUAAACAAACAUUUGCUAUCCCUGGAUCUGUGUUCCUGAAUUUAUUAGGGGGAGCAUUAUUUGGAGUAUGGACAUCCUUUCCUCUGGUGUGUGUUCUAUCAGCCACUGGGGCCUCAUGUUGCUUUCUUUUGUCAAAAUAUUUUGGCAAGCAGCACAUUGAAAGAUUCUUUCCAGAUAAAGUUCACUUUCUACAAGGAAAGGUAGAAGAAAACAAAGACAGUUUAUUGUUUUUCUUGUUAUUUUUACGAUUUUUUCCAAUGACACCGAAUUGGUUUCUAAAUAUGGCAUCACCUAUAGUGAAUGUACCGAUUCAUUUGUUCUUCUUGUCAGUAUUAAUAGGGUUGAUGCCAUUUAACUUUAUAUGUGUACAGACUGGAGGGAUGUUGUCAGAAAUCAAAUCUACAGAUGAUAUUUUUACCUCAGGGACGUUAAUAAAAUUAGGUGCUAUAGCGGUUGUGGCGUUAGUACCAGGGAUGAUAGUGAAAAAACUGAAAGACAGGAAAACAAAAUCUGAAUAAUAAAUGGAAAUGUUAUAUUGUCUUGCCUUGACAGAGUUAAAAAGUGUGACAUAUGUAUGCUGUUUCUGGUGUUUUUGGUAGCAGCCUCAACAAUUGUUUCAGUUUGUGAUUAGGUUUAGUUUAUGGUGAACCACUUGCGGUAGUUCAAUUAUAUUUGGUAUGCAGUUGUAUUAACAUUGGCACAUGAGUGUAGUUCAAUGAUAUUUGGUAUGCAGAAAAUGUAUUAACAUUGGCACAUCUCAUUUCCAUGGAGAUUGUUAAGCACUGUACGUUCAGUCACGGUUGAUUGACUUUGAAUAUUUGCAUUACUUACAUGUUAAGGUGUAUAGCAUUCUCAAUUUCAACAUUUGUUUUAUCAAAAUUACAAUAAGGCAAGACAUAUCUCUGUGUUAACAGUUUAUUUUUAUUCUAAAUUGUUAUUUGAUCAUGCAUGUCAGCAUUUGUUUUAAGCUUUUAUUAAUGAUUAAAUGGACUUAGGGGAUUCUAAAUAACUGAGUUAAUAUUUUUAAACAUAAUUAUAAACUGGGUUGCGUCUCAUUUUCCACAUGAUCUCAUGAAAUUAAAACCUUAAGAAAUGGAAAUUGUUUUGGAAUUUCAACAGCUGCACCACCAGGGUAAUGCAUUAAAAAAGUAAUUUAUUACCUUGAAACAUUUUUUAUAACAAAUAUUUACAAAGAGAAGGAUUUUUAUACAGUAACCAAUAAUGAUAAUUGACAAGUUUAUAGGUAUACUAUUUUUCAGGUAUCGAUAUAAAGGGUAAAUUCAGAAAUGUUUUGUGCAUUCCAUACUAGAAAUUAUUGCAAUGUUUUUAUUAUUGCAAAAAAAAUAUGACAGUGUUGUAAUUAUGGUAAUUGCAAGAAAUUGAACUUGCAUUUUGAAAUUUUUUAUAUGAAUUUAUAUGAAUUUUAUCAAUAUCCCAAAAAUUGAAACCACAUUUUUAAAAAAUAGUAUAAAAUAACAAAAUCGCAAUAAUAAAUACAUGCAAUAAUUUCUGAAAUUAAAGUAUUAUCAUAAUUUUUUAACCAAUUGGGCAUGAAUGAUAGGUUAAUUAUUGUGUAUUCAGGAAUAGCUGCAUUUAAUUAUUUCCAUCAAACAUUAAUAAGAUACAAGUUUUUAUUUUGCUAAAUGUAUUGUUAUAGUGCUUUGCAUCAAAAGAAACAUGGACAUUUAUGUUAUCCUUGUUGUCUUUUUUAACAGAGUUUUUUGUUGAUGGUAAUUUUAGUUAUUGACAAGCUAUGAUCAAUAUUUUCAUUAAUGUGCAAUAUGUAAGAUUGAGUUAUUUAUUGUUUGUUUGCCUGUUUAUUUUUUUUUUUGUUACUUUUUUAAUGUCAUUGAUCUAGUUCAGACUUGAUUACUUCAGCAGAAAUUAAAAUAACAAAAAAAAAAAAACGCUGUUGAAUAUAUAUUUAAAACAGAAGGUUAAAUGAAUGAAAAAAAUAAUUGAAUAAUUGCUGAGUUUUAAGUUUCAAAUCCUCAUACUUAUUGAAUAUACAUGUAAUUUAAACAUUUUGUACAAAUUUAUGGAAGUGAAUAUAACUAACUUUUAUUUAAUUUCUUUAAGUAUUAAUUUUGUGUUGCUACCAUUAUCACAAGUAUGGUCAAACUUCAAAUUGUAGAAACUUAAUUAUAUGUUACAUAUAUAGUUGAAUUUAGAUUUAAAAUAAAUUUUGUUUACCAUAGACACUUUUUAGUCAAACAAUGUAACAGUCACAAAUUGUAUUGAGUUUUGUUUGUGCCAAUUUUUGUGGUUUGAAGAAAACUUGCAUAUUAAUGGAUAUUUAAUUUUGUGGUUUUGGUAAAGUUCAAUAUUUAAAUUUGUUGUUCCUCUGUAUCCAUGAAAGCCAUAAAAAUUGAAAUGAAUAAAUAUAGAUUCCUCAACUGCAACAAGUAUGUUACGAUAUUGCUCCACGCGGGACCGUUAAAUUUUAAUAUUUAAAGCCUGAAGCUUUGCAGAACUUUUUAAAUAGUUAAAAUUUAACUGUCAAGAGUUGAGAAAUAUCAUAAUACACGAGUUAUAUUGGUGGAAUCUGUUUCUCUAAUGAUUUUUAUCCUUCUUUUUCAAAGAUUUGAAGAAAGUUGUGUACUUUUUAUGUGACGUCAUUAGACAUGGUCCCCUUCAUGACGUCACACUAGAAAAAUUCAGAAGAAACGAAGAAAAUUUAGCGUCACAAUAAAAUUUUGACCAAUCAUUUGCUGAGAACAAAUUUUUCAGUAGAGAUAGAAAUACUUUUCUCACACUGGUCAGGAAAUGUGAA